AUGUCGUUAGACUCCCAGCCAUUGGUGUCGCUGCCCCUCCCACCGGCGACGCUCUCUUCCCUUGCGAAAGCCGGAUAUGAAACGGUAGAUGACUUGCUGUCCAGCACGGUAGAAGACCUAGCUAAAGAGUUACAUGUACCUAACGACACAGCUCAGAAGAUCUUUGCAUUGGUUGAGAAAAGAAACGAACGCGUUCCGUUGAGUCAGCCCGUGUCCGUGCUUGCUUCGAAAGCGACGGGACGGGUGGUUUCUACGACAUGCGCGCCGCUGGACCAUAUCCUGGGCGGAGGAAUCUCUCGCGCCCAUGUUCUAGAACUCUCAGGCCCGCCUGGGACAGUGAAGGAAGAUAUGGCCAUUGGAAUAGUCAAGGCAUUCAGCGACCUCAACGAGCGUACCAUCUUCGUUGGUAGUGCUCUCAUAUACGUCCCCCAGCCUUCGCUUCUUGUCAUAAAUUCAAUAUCCUUUCCCUUCCAUUCCGCCUCUUCGCUUUCUAGGCAAACUAGAAAUUCUCUCCUUGAUCGAAUCAAACAGGCACUGACAAAAGCGUGUGCUGCACACAAUCUGACCGUAGUCACCACGACACAAAUGGCUACGAAAUUCGUCGGAUUAGAUGGACUCCCCGCGAAUUUCGAUGCAGCUGGUUCCCGGGGAGUUAUGCUUCCGCAAUUAGGGCCUUCGUACCUACCUGAUCGUCGCACAACUCGUGUGGUCGUUGCGCCAUCCAGCCAAACUAGCGGCGUGCUCCGAACAUUAUCUCGCCCGCUUCAUCAAAGUGCGGCGUUGCCUGGUCCGGUCGAAUAUAUCUUGCCCUCUACAUCCAGAAUCCCGUGUCACGUAGAUGGCUAG